AUGGCGAACUCCUACAUCAACGCCUUCUCCAGCUCCAAGUGGGAGGACUGGCGUGAAGGUUGGGUCAUCGCCGAGGCCGAUCCCCACGACCGCCUGGAGUUGCCAACGGAGGGGCCCCAGAGCGAUCGGAGCACCUGGAAGGCCAAGCCGACGAUGCCGGAGGAGCUCGGCCCGGUCCUUGAUCGGGUCAAGAAUUUCUCAAGGAGCGGCCUGAUGGCGGAGCUGGAGGUUGCGAUCCGGGGAAUGACCAGCGACGCGUUCAGCCCGGAGUCCCUGGUACUCCCGAGCGGGGUCAAGGCCCUGUGCGAGGACCAGGCGCUGCGGUCGUCAGUCCUGGCGUCAAUGCCGACCCUCAACGAGGGUGGCCUGGCGGUCCGGCAGCUGGGAGGCGACCCCAAUCGCGGGAUUCACAUCCCCGGCGCCUCCCCCAACCGCCAGCAGCACGCCAGCCAAGGUCCCGGGGGGCCAAGCCCCGGAGGUCCGGCCCCCACCGGGAAGGGAAAGGACAAGGUGCCGGUGCCGGAGCACCGCCACAAGGACAAUGCGGGUGCCGUCCCGGCCCGGAAGGACAACGAGACACAGGGGGCGGCGCCCGCACGGAGCAGCCAAGCGGAGGGGUCCAAGUCCCGGAGGCUCCAGCGCGGAGACGGCUCCUUCGUCGGGGAGCCGGCCCCCAAAUGCCAGAAGACGGUAGAGGCGGAGAGGCAAAGCCGAGCUCCACCACCUCCGCCGCAGUGCCAGCAGCCGGAGAGGAGGCCGAAGGAAGCGUGGCGGCCUUCCCCAGAGCAGCAGACUCCUCCGCCGCCUCCGACGACACGACGCCCCAUGAGGCCACCACCGCCGACAGAGCCCAGGCCGCAAACCCCGCCCCCGCCACCAGAAGCGCCAGCGGCCGGGGACCACCACCAGAGGUUCGGGGGGUCCUCGGCAGGAAAAAAGGUCCCCCCAGUCGCCCGGGGCGGUUGGGAGUGGUACAACUUCGUGUAA